AUGACGUCACGCUCUUUCUUGUCUCUUCGGUGGUAUUCUACCUCUAUACGUACACUUCGUGUCUAUCAUUCAAGCUCUGGUUCUGCAUCUACUCGCACUAUCCAGCGUCAUUCCAAUGGACAAGUAUCUAGUCAGGACUUGACACGACCUCACUUAAGUGUUCGAAAUGCUGCAAAAGGUUUAGGACAAUUGGAUAUUUUCGUGCCAUUACCAGGUCUAAAAGGUCUAACGCGGUUGAAGAUACAAGACUCUAGUGCCAGUGUAAAGAACCUCAUUGAUACCGUGAAAGAGGCGGAUAGUUCGCUUCAGACUGUUGAAAUUGCGAUACCUACUGGAACGAAAGUAGCACAUACUGUACGACUAGAAGAACUAACGUCCAUGGCAUUUUGUUUACGAUUGAAUCAUGUGAAUAUCCUUGUGGAAAAUGAUGCUACUAGUAUAAAUGAGUGCACAAUUAGGGGAGAACAUGCAGCAUUUGCAUCGGUUAAGGCCGAGAUUGAAACAAAUCCACGACUGUUGUUGCCGUUACAGGAAUUUUAUCGCCUGUGUCACAAUGUAGGAGCAGACGAGACCGUUGCAACGAAAUGGCUACGGGAAUUGCAACGGCGGAACUUGGUCGUGCAUUUUGACCAGUCACGGAAUCCUCAAUUGGAGAAUGCCGUUAUUUUACGGCCCAAUAGUCUCGAGAGUCGAUUAACACUACACAAUGCACUUGAUUCGGAGCUGUAUAAUCUCAAACACGACCGACGUGUGAAAGAGAGCGAAUUGAUGGCAUUGAAACGGUCGUUACAGAAACUGCAGCAGGUUGAAAACACUGUGCUUGUGGCUGCACAUCGUUUACCAAAUGCACAGAAAUGGAUGGGGCUUACGGGACUCACGGGUUUCUAUGGUAUACUCAUGUAUUGUGUCUGGGAUGUCUAUUCCUGGGAUGUCAUGGAGCCAAUUACGUAUUUUAUUGGCUUUACGGCAGUCUUGGGCAAUUCCUUUUACUCGACGAUUACUAAGAAGGAUCCAACGUAUAGUAAUAUAUGGCAAAAACGCUAUGCCAAGCGUGUGGCAAUGCUAAGUCAAAAGCGAAAACAUCGUCGUGAGGAUCUCAUAGAGCUUAAGGCACGUAUGACUGACCUGGAGAAUGACAUUCUGCUGGUAGAUGGUUUUCCACCAAUCAUCAUUGUCUAG